AUGAAAUUCGCAAUCUCAACGAUAUUUUUGAGUGUCUCUAUUGUGAUUUUUUGUGAGUUGAGUGAAGCUUAUUACUACGCACCUGUGAUUAAGGACGUUCAUAACCAAUUUGGAAGGACUGAAGUGAUCAUAGUAGUACCACAAACAAACCAUUUUUCAUUUGAAAACAUCAUGAUCUGGCAUGAAACUACUAGGACAUUAUCCAAUGAAGGAAUAUCGGUAGUUAUCCUUAACACUAGGCCCGACGAAAAACUGAAGAUUUAUAGUGAGAAAACCACUCGCUCCCUCAUCGUGAUUGCCCUUGAUACAAUCGAAGAAUUGCAUGCUUUCGAAUCAAUCACUAAGGACUUGCAUAUGAGCUAUGCUAUUUGGCUGAUAUUUUUCACCAAAGGUGAUGACCGAGAUGUUUGUGAAUUUUGUCGCAACCCGCAUAAAAGUUUAUCAGACAUGAAGUUGGGCUCGAGAGUACUUAUUUCCUGUUGCACCUCCAAUACGAUUGAAGAAUGGAGGUAUGAUGGAAAGAAUCAUACCGAGAGGCAGGAGCUUGGCAGAUUCAAGAAAGAUGAUCGCGGAAUUGUGUGGUUCUCCAAUGAACAGGUCGCAGAUAUUCAUGGCGGCAUAUAUUCACUUGCUGGCCGAGGGCUCCGCAUCGUUGUGGUCAAGCGCGCUCGCAUGUUUUGGGAAAAGGAUGGCUAUUAUUAUGGAGUUUUGGGUGAAAUUCUGAGAGAAUUGUCUCAAGCAAUGAAUUUCACGGUAUCGGAAAUAAUCUGGGAAGAUGAUUACGGAGUUUGGAAUCCAGAAACCUCGAGUUGGACGGGUGCAGUCGGAAUGAUUCAUCGACGAGAAGCUGAUCUAGGAGUUUCUGACUUCCUGUUCAGUAUUAAACGGACUACUGCGAUUGCUUUCACAACUCAUUUCACAUCUGCAGAUUUAUAUUUGUAUCUUAACAAAGAUUAUACGGCUCGCUUACACUGGAAUGCUUAUUUCAAGUUAUUAUCAAUGGACGUCUGGAUGGUCAUUUUUGGGUUAAUUCUGAUAACGACUAUUCUAUUGACCCUCAUCAACUACACGAGAAGAUCGCAUUUUUUUCCUCUUCUCUUUCAACACUAUCUAUAUGCUUGGAGUAUCUACUGUUACCAAGCAUUGCCAAAAUUCCCUGAAGGAACUCCUUCGAGGAUCGUUUAUGGGUCAAUAUUGCUAUCGUCGAUGGCCAUUAUAAGUGCAUAUGGUGCUGUGAUGACCAGUAGGCUCACUGUAGUUUCAUACAUACCAUUCAAGACACUGCAAGAAUUCGUAGACGACGGCAGUUUCCAUGUCAUAAAGCUAAACGUGUCUCAGAAUUUUGAUCAGUACGAGUUUUUUGACCAGACCCUCGCAAAGAAAAUGAUGUCUUUGAUGAUGCCGACGAAUACGCUUCCUCUAAACGAUCAGGAAGUAUUUGAGCAGGUAUGCAGCAAGAGAGUGGGGUACUACUUAAACGACAUGGCGAGGAAAGCUAUAGAAGCUCAAGGUAUUAGAAUACCUUGUGAACUCUCUUCCAUCAAAUAUGGAAAAACGCAAAUAUUAGCGAUGAUCAUGCCACAAGGCAGUAGAUACUUGGACCUCGUCAAUUACUACAUUCUGCAGUUCAGAACUAACGGAAUGAUGGAACGAUUGGAGCACAAGUACUACAAGGAGUUCAAGCGAAAUGACUUCAAAUAUUCAUCAGUAUCUCUUCCAGGAGUGGCACCCCUCCUACUCAUUUUAGCUAUUGGAUUUUUGAUAGCCUUGAUCAUCUUCAUCAUCGAACAAAAUGCUAAUGCGUUCAGAAAGAAGUUACUUAGUCAUCAGAAAAGGCGGACAACUUUCUUGAAAACACGAAAGGCAUCUUUAUUUCUAGCAAACAACUGUAAUUUCAAAAAACGUACACGGAAUUUGAAGCAAUUCAUAGGAAGAAUGCAAUUGAAAUAG